AUGGUUGCGGGUGCCGCGGUGUCGCGAGAGACGAAGGAGAUUGUGCGGCAGCGCAGGGCGGAGUUGCAUGAGGAGACGCUAGGGGAGGAGCGGCGGCAGCUGCGCGGCCGCUGGGUGACGGACAACAACGCGCUGCAGAACGCUGAGGCCCGCAAGCACGAAGAGUUGCAGCGGCGCGCCCCGCGUCGCGUCGCGCGCGUCAACCUGUUCGCAAGGCCGGAGAGGACAGACACAGGCCUGUUGCUGGAGGAGCGCGAGGUCGCGGACCGCGUCACGCAGGACGACAUCGUCGCCGCCGUGGACCUGCAAACGCAGCAGAAGAAGUAUGAGCUGCUGCUGGAUAAGUUGGGUCCGUACAAGGUGGACUUCACACUCAACGGCACACAUCUUCUGCUUGCAGGGAUGCGGGGGCAUGUGGCGAACAUUCGCUGGAAGGAUUUUGCCCUAAACGGCGAGGUGCAGCUGAAGGACCGGGUCGAUGACGCCAAAUUUCUGGUGGAUCACACAAUGACAGCGCUGGCGCAGAAGAAGUAUGUCUACAUGUACACUAAGGAGGGCGCGGAGAUGCACGUUCUCUCGCAGAUGGCAAACAUGGAUCGACUAGCGUAUCUGCCGCGGCACCUGCUGCUCUGUGCCGCCUCCACCCGCUUCAGUGUGAUGCAGUACAUGGACAUCAGCACCGGACAGGAGCUGGGCGCGAAGGUGCCCUCGGUGGUGCGAGACCCCACCUCCUGCAUGGACGUCAACCCCAGCAACGGCGUGGUGGCGAGCUGUGACCUGCGUGGUGUGGUGAAGUUCUGGUCCCCAGCCGUUGUGGACCCACUCGUGCAGCUCAAGGGUCACAAGGGCGUCAUUGACGCCAUCCGGUUUCACCCCAACGGUCGUUUUUUUCUGACGCUGGGCGGGGACCACAAGUUUAAGGUGUGGGACUGCCGCACGCUGCGGGCGCUGGAGGAGUACGCCGUGACGUACACCUUCAACACCGUCGACGUCUCCAGCGCCGGCCUCGUCGCCCUGGGCGGGGGCACCAACGUGCAGCUGUGGAAGGGCAUCUUCUCCAGCGCCAAGCCGAGCGCGCCGUACAUGAAGUUUGGCCUCGGCUACGGCAACAUUGCCCAGCAGGUGCGGUUCUGCCCCUUUGAGGAUGUCCUGGGCAUCGGCCACUCCCGCGGCUUUCAGUCGAUGCUGAUCCCCGGCGCCGGGGACGCCAACCCCGACUUCUUCUACGCCAACCCACACGAGACGGAGCGGCACCGCAAGGAGCGCGUCGUCUCGACGCUGCUCGACAAGCUGCCGCCCGACACCAUUUCUCUCGACAUUCAGGUUCCUGGCGUCAACGAGGCGCGGCUUGCGGAGUACAACGAAAACAUACGCCUCAAUCGCAGGGCACGGGCGAUUCGAGAAAAGAAGCAGCGCCGGGCGGACAAGUCGCUUGCGGACGCCGCCCCAGCCGGGCUGCACGUGGGCAACGACGAGGAGGUGGACGAGGACCUCGGUUACAAGGAGCGCCCCGCCACGCGGGAGCUCAAGAGCAAGCAGGAGAAGCUGAAGGAGCGGAAGAUGCAGAAGUGGGACAAGAAGGACAGCGCGGACAAGGUGCGGUCAAAGCAAACCAUGCGCACCUCCAGGAUCGUGCAGCAGCGCCGGGCAAAGCUCCAGCGCGCCAGCCGCCGCGACAAGGACGAGGGCGGCAAGAGGCAGGAGGAGGAGCAGGAGGAGGAGCGGCGGCAGGCGCAGGGCCAACUCAAGAAGCGGCGGCGCGAGGAGGCCGAAUUCGCCGACGACCUUCGUGUGCUGCGGGGGCGGCAGCAAAGCCCCGGUGCAGAGAGGCACGACACCGCUGCGGCGGCGUCGCCGUCGGGAGCGAGGCAGAACGCAGCUUUGCGACGGUUACUCUAG